CACAGACUGAGGCGGUCGCGGCGGCGGCGGCUUGAACGGGCCUGAAGCCGGUGGCGGAAAGUGUCCCGCGGGCGGGUUAUGUGAGUGCGGAGCUCCUAGCAGAAGCCCGUGUGAUCCUCAUUUGAAGCAAAGCUGAGAAAUGGGUUCCUCUUCCUCAUUCAUCCACGCUGCUUUCUGAAGGCCAUGGCAUAAGGGGCUUUUUGCCAGGAAUACAGCUUUGUAUUAGUUCCUUACAGUGGCUGAGUUCAUUCUAGUCUUAGAAACUUGACGGAAGUUUUUCCUCCUUCCAACAUUUCCACCCUCACUUCCUCACCCCAGCUUGGCAAAUGUGGAUUGAAUCUGAGGUCUCUUAAAAGUUCUACUGCUUGGACAGACACAGGCAAAAUCAAGAGUUAACACCAGCAAGAGUAGCGGGCGGUUCCUGUUUGCGGCGGACGCACCCCUGCAAGCUUUGCUCUGAGGGGCACUGAACAAGAUUUGUGAUGAAAUGGAGCCUGGAACAAACUCUUUUCGAGUAGAAUUUCCUGAUUUUUCCAGCACCAUUCUGCAGAAACUGAACCAGCAGCGCCAGCAAGGACAGUUAUGUGAUGUCUCCAUUGUUGUCCAAGGCCACAUUUUCCGGGCACACAAAGCCGUUCUUGCUGCCAGUUCCCCCUACUUUUGUGACCAGGUGCUCCUGAAAAACAGCAGGAGGAUCGUUUUACCUGACGUGAUGAACCCAAGAGUGUUUGAGAACAUUCUCCUGUCUAGUUAUACGGGACGUCUAGUCAUGCCUGCUCCAGAAAUAGUUAGUUACCUAACAGCAGCGAGCUUCCUCCAGAUGUGGCAUGUGGUAGACAAAUGUACUGAGGUUUUAGAGGGAAACCCUACAGUCCUUUGUCAGAAGCUAAAUCAUGGCAGUGACCACCAGUCUCCUAGCAGCAGUAAUUAUAACGGCCUGGUAGAGAGCUUUGAGCUGGGCUCUGGCGGCCAUACUGAUUUCCCCAAGGCUCAAGAACUGAGGGACGGUGAGAAUGAAGAGGAGAGCACCAAAGAUGAGCUGUCGUCCCAACUCACCGAGCACGAGUACCUUCCCAGCAACUCGUCCACGGAGCACGACCGGCUGAGCACGGAGAUGGCGAGCCAGGACGGCGAGGAGGGAGCCAGCGACAGCGCCGAGUUCCACUACACCCGGCCCAUGUACAGCAAGCCCAGCAUCAUGGCUCACAAGCGCUGGGUCCACGUGAAGCCCGAGCGCUUUGACCAGGCCUGUGAGGGCCUGGGUGUGCACGCGCCCUACGAUGAGCACCAGGUCACCGAGUCCGUCAACACCAUGCAGACGGAGCACGCGGUCCAGCCUUCGGGCGUGGAGGAAGACUUCCACAUUGGGGAGAAGAAAGUAGAAGCAGAGUUUGACGAGCAGGCUGACGAAAGCAAUUAUGAUGAGCAGGUGGAUUUCUACGGCUCCUCCAUGGAAGAGUUCUCUGGAGAGAGGUCAGACGGAAAUCUCAUCGGGCACAGACAGGAGGCUGCCCUAGCGUCAGGCUACAGUGAGAAUAUUGAAAUGGUAACAGGAAUUAAAGAAGAAGCUUCCCAUUUAGGAUUCUCAGCCACCGACAAGCUGUAUCCUUGUCAGUGUGGGAAAAGUUUCACUCACAAGAGUCAGAGAGAUCGGCACAUGAGCAUGCACCUCGGUCUUCGGCCUUAUGGCUGUGGGGUCUGUGGUAAGAAAUUCAAAAUGAAGCAUCAUCUCGUGGGACACAUGAAAAUUCAUACGGGCAUAAAGCCGUAUGAGUGUAAUAUCUGUGCAAAGAGAUUUAUGUGGAGGGACAGUUUCCAUAGGCAUGUGACUUCUUGUACCAAGUCCUACGAAGCUGCAAAGGCUGAGCAGAAUACGACUGAGGCUAACUAAAAAUAGGAUCUGGCCCUUGAGUGGCAGGCACAAAAAUAAACGAUGGUAAUUAUGCAAAUCUGGGCACAGAUGAUGCGUGCUACUUGCUAUUAUGAGAGAAGCUUAAAAAAAAAGGAAGAUAUUUCUGAAAGACCAGCUCUAAGUAGGCCAAUUUAAAAAUCUUAAUUCCUCAAAUUUGUAUGUUCCUGUCCAGGCCUGGAGUGGGUGAUGGGGAUGAGUUAACCCACUUCCCAGCUGGCACGGUAAACCUUCAGGCCCGUGUGAUGGAGGGCAGGUGGACUUGGUCGUAGAGACCCCUGCACUUGGAACUGGACCCCACCCUGCCAGUUCUGUGUCCGGUGGCAGCAAGUUCUGAUAGCUCAUCACGAGGUCACCUUGGCAUUUUGUUUAGCUCUCACUAUAGAUACUUAGAUAAUGUAGAUUUGUUUUGGUAGCCGCUUCACUGAACGAAAGGCUACUUCUGUGAAAGCUAACGAAUAAUGUGAUUCCUAGGAUGCAAAAUUGAUUAACAGAGCUCUCUUGUCUGGUGUUCUUCUUUCUAAAGAGUAGUUUAACAAAAAACUAUGGAGAUGCUAAGAGGGUGACAUUCUAAGUAUGAAACAAAUAACUUACGGUACAAGAUGCCACGGUCACGAUGUGUUUCAGACUCUUGAUAAGGCAAAAAAGCUUUGUGUUUUAGUGCUGACAUUUAGUUUGGACAAUUGUAUCUAAUUGUAAUUCUCUAGGGUGCCAGAGAUAGGUAUUUCUACUUGAUUUGCUGUCCCAAAUCCUGUGUAAUUACAGCAUCCACACAGUGGGAUCUGCUCCGUGGCUAGUAGGCGUCUAGCCUGCUUUGACUCUGACCGUGGUACUGUACUGGCUGCUCCAGCUAUUGCUCUCUGAGGUUACGAUGCUUCCUGAAGCAUUCAGUCAGUGACCACAGUUAGUGGGAGGGGGCCAGAAGUCAGGGGUUCACAGAGUGCUACAGUGACACUCCCCAACUGUCAGCGAGAGUUGCUGAGUAGCAGAAUGUUGAGUGGCAGGAGAAAUGACUGCCCAAGAAAAGAGGAGUCUUGAAAAUACACUGGUGGGGGAGGCAGCCCCAGAGGGGUCCACGGAGCUAAUGCUGCCAGUUCUUUAGGAGCGCUGGGAUGGGUUUUAAAAGGGGGAAAGAGGGAGUCCUAAUUUUAGAAAGUAGUCUACAGAUUCGUGCUCCCGGAUUCUAGAUAAAGCUGCAUAAAUUUACAAGUCCGCAUAGCUGUACACACCAAAACCAUCAAGAAAAGCAGCUAUUCUUGAGACCUUUCUGCAGCUCAGUCAGAUGUUGUAGGUUAAAAAGGAAGCACAUAUUCAGGAUGCUGCGAAGCUGGGUGAUACACCUGCAGUUCUCACCAGGUAGGACAGGUGCUACUAUUAUGUCAACUUUUCCAUAAGUUACUGGUCUUUUACUUCCAAGUGGAAACUUUUUUUCCUUAAAAUAAAAAUAACUUUUCCUGGAUUUGAGGUGAAUUUUUUUUUUUCCCCAAAAGUUUGGCUUUGCUCUAAUGUGAUAGACAUUGCUGGCAAUGGCCUGGAGUCCUCAAGCUCCAAGCAUGAAGGCAUUUACUUGUUGAACAGUGUCUGGAAAGGGGGGAGAAAGUACUUACUUACCAGUUAAGUCUUGUAAUCAACAAUACAAAACAGGGAUCUAUUCAUUAACACUGUAUCAUUCUCGAUAUAUAAAAGCACUUUGUAUUUAAAACUUUAUUAUAAAUAUAUAUAUAUUGAUUUUUUUAACCUAGAAAAUAGAUAUUACCUCUUGGUUGUUUGCCACAUUAAUAUUCUCUUGGUGUUGAAGCUUCACCAGUUAAUGGUCCUCUCUCUGCAUACAUGACGGGUGUGUGUAGAGAAGGCCGUACAAUCUAAGUUCAACUGCUCCUUCUCAUUUUUUUCAUGUUAGAAGCCAGUGGGUUUUUAGGUAUGAUCCUGGGCGUUGUGUGUGAGGAGAAAGUGUUUUAUUAUUCCUACUAAUUCCAGUACUGAGGCAUUGAGGCCAUUCAGUUCUGCCAAAAGCCCAUCACCCUCUCCCAUGGUAUUAGUCAGUCAUUUUCUGCCUGUUUGGAAGGUUUGAUGUGCUGUCUCCCAUUAAAGAUUGUAUUCAAAUGAGCAUUGGGACAUUUUGGAAGAAGAGUCUGAGAGUUAAAAUAAAAAUGUUCUAGAAAACU